AUGUUUAGACAGCGCUCGGCAAACACUGUACAGUGUGAAUGUGAUGCACGUACUGAUACUACAGUGCCUGUGAUGGUGAAAGGUUUUGGUACAAUAGAUGAAUGUGGAGUUGGCUUGAUAAAUACAUGUUCAUGUACACAUGCAGCAAUGACUGGAUGUAGUGCAAAGUGCGAAAAAACAGUGCAAGAAUGGGUAAAAGCAAAAUGUCCCGGUGCACUUUUUGGUGUUCAUCGUGGACUAAUUAUGAGUUAUUAUCAUGGAGAUUGUGAAAAAGGCUAUGGCACUGUACGCUACGUGUGUCCUUGA